AUGUCUACUAAUGUGGGAGAAAGUAGUAAUCUUGAUAAACAGGUGGAGAUGCAAUUCACUUUAGCUAUGAAUGAAUUACAACAUCAAGGUGGAGAAGAUCAACAUAUUACUAUAGAAACUAAUGUACAACUAGAAACUAAUGUGCCUGAAACAUCAGAAGUUGUUUUGCCUGAGAAUUCUAGCUCACAAAUAGAUCAACCGAGUAUAGCUCGUGACAGAACUAGAAGAGUUGGUGUUGGACCUCCUGUGAGGUAUGGUUUUGAUGAUAUGGUUACUUUUGUGCUGCAAGUUGCUGAAGAGGUGGAUCCUCAUGAGCCAUCCACCUACAGAGAAGUUGUGUCAUGUAGUGAGUCUGCUCAAUGGCUUGCUACUAUGGAGGAUGAGAUUGUUGCAAAUUCUCGUUUGUCAUCUGUGCUUUCACCACAAUUUGAAGCUGAGAAGGAGUAUAUGUCUCCAGUUCCUUAUGCUAGUGCAGUGGGAAGUUUGAUGUAUGUUAUGAUCUGUACUAGGCCAGAUCUUGCCCAUGCUGUUAGUUUUGUCAGUAGGUUCAUGAGUCAACCUGAGAAAGAGCAUUGGCAAGUUGUUAAAAGAAUUUUUUGUUACCUUAGAGGUACAUCUAAUGUUGGUCUCAUUUAUGGGAAUAACAUAAAGUGUUUGGUGAUCAGUUUUUCUGAUUCUAAUUAUGCUGGAGAUGUUGAUAGUAGGAGGUCUAUGAUUGGCUAUGUGUUCACUCUGGGUGGUUCUAUUGUUAGUUGGAAGGCAAUCUUACAGCCUACAGUUACUUUGUCUACUACUAGAGUAGAGUACAUGGCCUUGACAGAAGUUGCUAAAGAGGGAAUAUGGCUGAGGGGAUUAGUUGGUGCUCUUGGUUUGCAUCAUGACCAAGCUAUUAUAUAUUGUGAUAGUUUAAGUGUAAUAUGCAUAGCCGAGGAUCAAGUUCAUCAUGAGAGAGCUAAGCACAUCGAUGUAAGAUAUCACUUCUUAAGAGGACAUAUUGAGGCAAAAGGGAGAAGUUCGGGUACGUCUGACAAUGUUGAUUUAUGUUGCAUCUGUUACAUCUGUUAUCUGAGAGAGAAUUCAAGUCAAGAUACGUUAUGUGUGACAUCACAUAGUGAGUGGUUGAGCAUCUUAUUUUCAUCUAAACAUUUCAUUGUUUUCCUGAAGGAUAGACCUGCUAUUUUAAAUGAGGUUGAUGCAAUAGAAUCAAAUCUCAAUGUUCUCAUGUCAGUGAAGGAAAGCAAUGUGGAAGCAAAAAAGUCUAUGGUGUAUAGUUACACAAACAACUUUAAUGCCUUUGCUGCCAAACUUAAUGAGGAGGAGGCCAAAAGAUUGUCAGAGAGGGGAGAUGUGAAUCAUGUGAUCCCAAACAAGUAUAGAAAGCUACAAACAACAAGAUCUUGGGACUUCCUUGGAUUGUCUUCCAAUGCAAGAAGAAAUACCAAACAUGAGAGUGACAUUGUUGUGGGUUUAUUUGAUACAGGGAUCACACCAACGGCUGAUAGCUUUAAAGAUGAUGGGUUUGGUCCUCCACCCAAAAAAUGGAAAGGCACCUGUCUUCACUUUGCAAAUUUCACUGGCUGCAACAACAAACUCAUCGGAGCAAGAUAUUUCAAGCUCGACGGCCUCCCCGACCCCCUUGAUAUUUUGUCGCCAGUAGACGUUAACGGCCACGGCACACACACGGCCUCAACAGCCGCCGGCAAUGUGAUCGCCGGAGCCAACCUCUCUGGCUUGGCUCAAGGAACUGCCCGUGGCGGCGUGCCAUCGGCCAGAGUUGCCAUGUACAAGGUUUGCUGGACUAGCACCGGAUGCUCCGAUAUGGAUCUUCUGGCUGCCUUCGACGCUGCCAUACGGGAUGGUGUCGAUGUCAUUUCGAUAUCCAUCGCUGGCAUUGGCUUCGGCAAUUACACUGAGGACCCGAUCUCAAUCGGCGCGUUUCAGGCCAUGAAGAAGGGCAUCAUCACCGUGGCGGCUGCCGGCAACAAUGGCCCCAGUGCCGGCACUGUUGUGAACCACGCGCCGUGGAUCGUGACGGUUGCUGCCAGUUCAAUUGAUCGGAGAUUUAUCAGCCCAUUGCAGUUGGGCAAUGGGAAGAACAUUUCUGGAGUAGGAAUAAACCUAUUCAAUCCACAGCAAAAGAUGUACAAAUUAGUGAGUGGAGGAGAUGUGGCAAAGGACAUAGAGAGCAAAGAUAGUGCCAUGUUUUGUGUAGAGGGCUCACUUGAUCCAAUCAAGGUCAAAGACAGCAUUGUGUUUUGCAAAUUGAUGACUUGGGGAGCUGAUUCUGUUGUCAAAUCAAUUGGUGCUUAUGGUGCUAUCCUUCAAAGUGAUCAGUUUAUUGACAAUACUGACAUCUUCAUGGCCCCUUCCACCUUGGUUAGUAGCUUUGUUGGUCUUACUAUUGACUCCUACAUCCACUCCACGAGAACACCAACGGCAGUGAUAUACAAAACAAGACAACUCAGAGCAGCAGCUCCAUUUGUUGCUGCCUUCUCAUCCAGAGGCCCAAAUCCAGGCUCCACCCGCAUUCUAAAGCCGGAUAUAGCAGCACCAGGAGUGAACAUAUUGGCGGGUUACACGCCACUGAAGUCAUUGACAGGGCUGAAGGGUGACAGUCAGUUCUCCAAAUUCACGCUCAUGUCCGGCACUUCCAUGGCAUGCCCCCACGUCGCCGCCGCCGCCACCUACGUCAAGUCUUUCCACCCUCUUUGGUCUCCCGCCGCCAUUAGAUCCGCCUUGCUCACCACCGCAACACCAAUUAGUCGACGAAUGAAUCCUAACGGAGAAUUCGGGUACGGUGCCGGCAACCUAAAUCCAGCUAAAGCCAAAAACCCUGGUCUAAUCUAUGACCUCGACGAUAUGUCCUACAUCCAAUUUCUUUGUAGUGAAGGUUACACUGGAUCUUCAAUUGCCAUCCUCACCGGAACAAAAUCCUUAGACUGCUCCACAAUAAUCCCCGGCCAAGGCUACGACUCUCUCAAUUACCCAACCUUUCAACUCACUCUCAAAAGCACCCAACAACCAACGACUGCCGUGUUUUGGCGAGAAGUGACCAAUGUCGGUCGUCCUGUCUCUACAUACAAUGCCACAAUUAGGGCGCCGCCUGGCGUGGAGAUCAUGGUGGUGCCGACAACUUUGUCGUUCUCCCAGUUGCUACAAAAGCAGAGGUUUAAGGUUGUUGUGAAGUCUGGUCCUUUGCCGUCGACAAACAUGGUGUCGGGUUGGAUUUCUUGGGUUGAUGUUCGAUAUGUUGUGAGAAGUCCGAUUGUUGUUUAUAGCCCGUGAAGACCAAUACACACACAUUUUGAGAUUUGUUGCUCAAUGGCUUGGAGAUAAUUUGACAUGUUUGAUUGAAUAUUUGGAUGAUAUA